AUGGAGCGAUCAUUGCAUCAGGAAGCAACGGAGCGUUUUUACAAGUACCAGGUCAGGUAUUUUAAGUUCUUGGCCAUUUGGCGAUUACCUGAUUUGGUUACGCCCCAGGAGCGUCGCCUUUACAGGAUACGGUUUUGGGUCAUGUUAGCGGGACUCUGUCUGCUGUUAACGUUUUUUUCAAUACGCUUUCUGGGCAAUAUUGGGGCACUGCAUGAGAUUAUAAAGAUAUUCUUUAUAUUCGCGACCGAGCUGAGCUGUCUGGCGAAGUUCCUUACCGUCAGGGUAAAUAAUGACAAACAUGCGCGUCUUGUGAGAAUGAUGCACGAGGAAGCUUUUCAACCUGCGUCCAAGGCGGAAAUGGAAUCUUUUUACUUGGUGGAGCGAACAGUACGUACAAUUAGUGUUGGCUAUGGAGCACUUUCUCUGGUGGCUGUACACUUUGUGCUCUUGACCCAAAUGGUCGUGGACCGCGCGGAGUUGCCGUUGUCCAUGUAUGAGCCUUGUGACGUAAGCAUCCCUCAGUGCUAUUUGGCCAUGUAUUUAUUUCAGUACGUGGCCGUUACGCUGAGCUGUUACAUCAACAUAUCCUACGAUUCGAUAUCCGUCGCCCUAUUGUUGUAUGUUCAGGCACAAUUGAAGAUGCUGGCUACGCGUUUGGAGAAACUGGGAUGGGGUGUCCCGAUGAGCAAUCGAGUCAUUGCUCAACAGUUGCGAUCCUGCGCUAUUUAUUUCGAGCGCAUAUUAGAGCUGAAGGAAUUGGUGGAAGGGUUCGUUAAACCUGCCGGUUCAGUGCAGAUUUUUUGCUCAGUCUUGGUAUUGAUUUGCAAUUUCUACGACAUGUCAACCAAAUCGGAUGGCACGGCCAAUAUGAUCAAGACCUGCAUAUAUCAAAUGGUGAUGCUGCAGCAAAUAUUCAUGAUUUGUUAUGCAGCCAACGAAGUAACUUUGGAGAGCGCUCGAUUAAAACACGCCAUUUAUAAGUCCAACUGGCAGUCGUGGAACCAAUCUAAUCGUAAACUCUGCCUCCUGAUGAUGAUGCGUUUCGAUUCACCUUUGCAUGUGCGCACCAUAAAUCCUACAUAUAGCUUUAGUUUGGCUGCUUUUACGUCUAUUGUAAACUCCUCAUAUAGUUACUUUGCUCUUCUAAAAAAGGUCAACAGCUAG